AUGCUUCAUCUCCCAGGGGCCUGCAAAACUGGGUUUGGUCCUUCAAAGAACAUCCUGGAGGAACAGAAACUCCAAAGGAUUCUUCACAGCUCCGCGCUUGUGCCUCUCCAGCUGUGUUUCUGCUCACCCACUGCCAGAGCCUUCCCUGCGCAUUCCCGACCGCGCUCCAUCCCCAUCCCAUCCCCAUCCCCAUCCCCGGUGCCCGCAGCUCCCGGAGCAUCCCAGCCUCUCUCUCCAUCCCCAUUCUCAUCCCCGUUCCCAACCCCAGUGCCCGCAGCUCCCGGAGCAUCCCCCGCACAUUCCCAACCUCUCUCCAUCCCCAUCCCCGGUGCCCGCAGCUCCCGGAGCAUCCCCGCACAUUCCCAACCUCUCUCCAUCCCCAUCCCCGGUGCCCGCAGCUCCCGGAGCAUCCCUCGCACCGCAGCGGCUUCGGAGCCCUCCCGGGAUUACCGCGACCCUUCCGAGCCAUCCUUCGGGCCCAGGGGCGGCCAGCACCGCCAUCCCGCUGCCCGGGCCCGGCUCGGAUCCUCCCCCGCCGCUCCCAUCCCUCCCUGCAUCCCCGGAGCCCUCAGCGCAUCCCGGCCGGCACCUGCGCUCCGCGCUCGCUGCUGCCGCAGCCCCGGCGCUCCCGCGGCUCCGGCAGCACCGGGCUGGGCAGCACCGAACAACGGCAGCACCGGGCUCGGGCCGCCCAUCCCCUUCCGUGCCCGGAGCCCCGCGCUGCAGAGCCGGUCCGGCCGCGCACCGCCGGGCCCCGGGCUCGCCCCUUUGUCCCCGCGGCGGCGGGGAGGCCAUUUUACCCAAAGCACGAGGAGACCGAGCCGAGCCGCGGGGGUUACGGGGCACGCACAGCCGGGCACAGCCGCGCACAGCGCCUCGCCGCGGGCCGCCCCUCCAUCGAGCCGGGCGGGCUGCCCAGCGCCGAGGGGACCCCCGGGGCGGAGGGGCGGGAGCGCGGCGGCCCCGCCGCCCGGGAGGAGCCCGGCAGCGCUUCCCGCCCGUGCCGGGGAAGUGACGCGGGGCGGGCCGGCCCCGGAAGCGCCGCCGAGACCCCUCAGCAGCCAUGUAGGGCCCGCGGCCGCCGCCAUGGACGGCAGCGGCGCCGCGGCUGCGGCGGGGCCGGGCGUGCCCAACCUCACCCCGCGGCACCGGCAGCUCAUCCCCACGCCCUGCGGCCCCAUAAAACCAUGCUCAGAGCUCUCAUUCCCUGUGAAGAUCUACUUCUGUGUCACUAUUUUGUCCCUGCUGAGUGUCAUAGGGCUGACCAUCGAGACCCUGGUGCGCCAGGCUGAGGAGGAUUUCACCAUUUCCUUCAUUCAGCUGGUUGGAGCUGUGUUCUGUGUGUACUACGUGAGCAGGGGCAUCCUGCAGGAGAACCGCCAGGAGCUCGUGGUGUUCGUGCUCUCCGUGCUGCUGCUGAUGCUGCGCUCCAUCAUCAACUUCAGCCUGCUCCCUGCCGGCCAGCAAGCUCAGCUCCUGGCCCGUUUUGUGCUGAUCCUGCUGGUGGGCUCCUUCGAUGUCGUGUGUGCCCUGGUGCUGAUGCAGAGCCAGUCCAUGAUGGCCUUCAGGGUGGGGGGAGCCCUGGAGAGCCUCCAGGCCCAGUACUUCAUGCUCAACCUCUGCUUCUCCAUGCUCACCUUUGAUCUGCAGGCACAGCUGUGCCUGUGCAUCCUCCUGAUCAGCCUGCACGAGGUCACCCUGCUGCACAACAUCAUCUCGGCCACGGGCGUGCUCUGGGGCUGCCUCAAGGUCACCGUGGGCAUCACUGCAAUUUUAAAAGAGCUGAAACCCCUGGUGUGGGUGUUCCUGGUGCAGAACGUGCCUGAGGUGCUUUAUCUCAUCUACCUGCUCUACACGGUGAUCAGGGAGUGGGGCAAAGGCAAUUCUUACACCCUGGAAGCUGCUUUCAUCACUGGCUCCUGCAUUUCUGUCACAAUCAAAUCCGUUCUGCUCUGGGCUCUGCUUCACGUCUACCGCAGCUUCGGGCAGGGGCUGAGGGAGAGAAUGUUUUCCUCCUAUGGAAGGAUCGACUCCUGAGCCCUCCCUGUGCAGCUCCCACAGAGUGAAGCCACCCCAGAGCCCCUGCCCUGCCCUCAGGGUGGCACCAAGUGCCAGGAUGGGGCAGGGACAGGAAGGUGACACUCGUGUCCUGGAGCAGUGCAGGUGGGACAGAGCUGAAAGCAAACCCUGUUUGGAAAUUGCCAGCACCUUCCACUGCUUUUCCUGCUGCUCUGGAGGCCCAGGGCUCACACCUGCACGUGAGCUGCUCCUUUCAGUGCUUUCUGCCUGGCAGGCACAAACAUGAAGGAAAUGUGCACUCCCACCCUGUGUACCUGAGUUCAGCAGGGCAUUGUGCUGCCCAGCUGGGAUCUGCUCAGAGCAGCUCAGCCCUGAUGCUUUGGUGGCAGUGGUGUCCCCUCUGGCUUCAGAAUAUUGCCAUUAUUUUUUUGUUAACCCCAGGUACACAUGGCAAAUGCUCCCUGUAACCAAGGUGCCAUUUCACACCAGGGGACUGUCACAAUUAAGCCUUUAAUAUUGUAAUUUAAAAGUUUGGUAUUUUAUUGACUGGAACCUUUAAGUACUGGCUAUUUUGUAAUAAAGCAUAAGCACAGUU